UAUACGCAGACAUAAAGUGAGCCUUUUACGAAACAGGACACGUAAUCAAAAAAUGAAGGAAAACAUUUAAAUUUUUUUUCUAAUUUUGAGCGUGGAUGCUAAACAUAGAUCACACAAAAUUAAGCAAUGAAAGAUAGAAAAAAUGAAGUCAAAUUAGACAUAAAUAUGUUUUUCAAAGUAGUGCCAGAAUGUUUGAAAUCAGCGUGGACUAAUUUAUUAGAAAAAUAUAACAAUCUAUUGAAAAAUAAACAAGAGAUCUAUUUUUACGAUUUCCUGCAUAAAGAAAUUAAUGAAAUUAUUAAAUCAUCUAUUGAAGAAAAAUAUGAUAAAUUUGGAUUCACUUACGAUCAGGACACUAUUAUUAAUCAAAUGUUACCACCAAAUCCUAAAAAAAUGAGAUUGACACCACAUAAAUGUUUUCCAGACCUUAAAGUAGAAACCAUACCAUAAUAACGACUAUACUCAAUUUUUAUUAAAAGAUUAUAUCAUCUCUUAAAUAUUUCUUCUAUUAUUAUAUUAUUUUUAAUUUUUGAUUUAUUACGUGGUAAAUAAUAAAAGAAUCACUUUGCAUACUAAUAUACUACGCCGGGCACGAUAAGUGUUUUGCAGAAAAAAUAUUACAUCAGAAUCAGUGUAAAAAAAAUAUAUUAAAAAUCAGGAAAAUUCAAAAAGAGAAUAUAGUAAAAUGUAUUGAGUAUAAGGUUGACGUUUGUUAAUGAGGUAUUCCCUUUAGGCCUAUUCAAAAAUUAUUUUAGGAGGGUAUUUAAUAUUACUUAGUUAAACAUGUUAUAGAAUUUUUUUUGCUAAAAAUUAAAGUAAUGAUGAAAAACCCAGCACAGAGGGGACGUUGCAUAGUUUGAUCCAGUAUAGAUUUAAUCUGACAGUUGUGAUGGUGUCACGUUUUCAUAAUCGUGAGAAUUAUUUUAAUAAAAUACAGACAGCACAUCCGCUGCCUGAGACUGAUGAAUUAACAAAUAAUAUUUAUUGCCAAAUCGGCAAUAGUUCUAAUUAUUAUAAAAACCCAAUAGACCUGACCAUCGUGGUCAGUCGACUCCAGUGCCUUGUGUCAUUCAUCAGUCUCAGUACUCGGUUGUCGCUGUCCGGCUUACUGUUUAAAGUAAAGUCUUUGUUUAUUCCUUUUCAAACCUAUAUACUCUUUUCCUCCACAUUUCAGAGUACUUGUGUCUUGCACUUCGUCUGCACCUCAUACUUUGGGCUCCUUUUGCGUACACCUGGUAUUUGUGUCUUGCACUUCGUCUGCACCUCAUACCUAGGUGUUACUCUUAUUCUCCCUUCCUAUAACAACAGCCUUUCGACACCCACAGCUAACCCGGAGUGUCAGCCGAGCACGGUGACUGCUGUACGACAACACGCAUGUGAAUACCUAGACAGCAGGCACCACAUCAUCCUCAUCUUCAUCUUCGUACACAUUACAUAGUUACACAUUUACACUUUUACCUUUUUUCAUUUUACUGUGUUACGACACAGUGAUUAAAAUCACUAUCAUAAGAAACGCUUCGAUGCAAAUCUGUAGAUAGUGUUUAAUUCUAAGAAAUUGAUGCAUAAUUACAAAAGCAACAUCAACUUCUAUUUCC